AUGGCUGGAGGAACUGGAGCUCCACUCAAACGGGUAGAAUCCUUGGAGAAAGAGCUAGGGCAAUUGAAUGAUAGGCUGGAGACGCAAGGGCACCAGAUUCAGUUCCAAGACGACUCCAUUGCAUCAAUGCAGUUGAAGAUGGACCAGAAAUUUGAAGAAGUUUUGAAGGCUAUAGCCACGGGGAAGAAUCCAUCAGAGGAGGGCAAGGAGGAUGAACCUUUAUCCUCGGUGAUAGUGACGCCAGGAGGAAUCGGGACCGGAAGUAGCCACGAUGGAGGAGGCGGCGGAGGCCGAGGAACGGGGGAAUCAGGGGGAGGACUCAACUGA